UCACUCCUUUGUGUCGUUAGGCAGCUGAUAAAAGCGUUGCAGCUGCCUUGGAAACUGAGCUAUUUGAAUCCUGUUACCUCUGGGGCGACGGGACUGAAAGGCAGAAUCCGUAGCUGAAGACGACAUGUAACAGCCGCUGGCCAUCAGCGGAUUGCAGAAAAUCAGCAAUUGUGAAGCUGGGGAAGAAGCAUUUGCAUGGCCUGACUGCAUUGGGAUUCACCUGGGAGACGCUGCUUGCAGUCCAUCAAAGCAGAAUCUGAACUUGAAUUCGGUGCAGCUGAUUUAGAGCUAGUUUUGAUGUUCUGAGCGCCAAGAUCUGCGGCCCCCUGUGGACCGAGGUCGGUCAACUGUACCCUGAAAGAGAGCUUUCUCACUGGAGGACACAGGCUGCAGAGGCUGGAAAUACUCCAGUUGCCCAGCUGGUGUAAGAAUCUGAGAAAUCACAGCUCCUACUGAGAUUGGAGACUGCAGCUCACCUGACGACAAAGCGUUUUCGUUUUGUUUUGUUUUCUAAAACGCCCUGAGCGUCUUGUAUUAAGAUAUCCUAUCACUGUUGUCAGACAUGGCUAGCAUCCUUGCACGUAUUGGUAACGGUCGGGUGCAGAACUCACCCUUACCACCUUGGGCUCAUUCCAUGCUGAGGUCCCUGGGGAGGAGUCUUGGUCCUUUAAUGGCCAGCAUGGCAGAGAGAAACAUGAGGUUGUUUUCUGGGAGGGCAGAGCCAGCCCAAGGGGAAGAAACCUUUGAAAACUGGCUGAGUCAAGUCACUAAUGUCCUGCCUGAUUGGCAUAUGACAGAGGAGGAAAAGGUCAGGCGCCUAAUGAGAACCCUUAGGGGUCCUGCCCGAGAGGUCAUGCGUUUGCUCCAAGUUGCCAAUCCCAGCUUAAAUGUGGCAGAUUUUUUGCGGGCAAUGAAACUGGUUUUUGGGGAGUCUGAGAGCAGUGUGACAGCCCAUGGUAAAUUUUUUAACACUGUUCAGGCUCAUGGAGAGAAACCAUCCCUGUAUGUGAUCCGCUUAGAGGUGCAGCUGCAGAAUGCUAUCCAGGCAGGGGUCUUUGCUGAGAGGGAGGCAAACAAAGCUCGCCUGCACCAGCUCCUUGUAGGGGCUGAGAUGAGUAGAGACCUCCGAUUCAGGCUUAGGAGUCUUCUCAGGAUGUAUGCAAAUGAGCCAGAGCGGCUUCCCGAUUUUCUGGAGUUAAUCAGGAUGGUAAGGGAGGAGGAAGAAUGGGAUGAUACUUUUAUUAGACGCAAGCGGCCCAGAACACCUGAGUCAAUGAUGGAGAAGGCACUCAGCCCUGUGGCACUUCAGGGCUCCCCACCAAUAAUGAUCAGCAGUGCUGACUGCAAUGUGAUAGAGAUAGAUGACUCUCCUGAUGAUUCAGAUGAGGAUGUGAUCUUGGUGGAGUCUGGGGACCCACUACUGCCGUCUUCAAGUGCCCCUCCCUUCCUAGGCAGGGCUGUAUCGGAGGACCAAGUGCUAGUCAUUGAGUCCCCCAACAUUCCUGAGAUUCAGUUUCCUUCUACAAGCAGUGGUUCUGGGCACAAGAACAAUGGUUUUGGGGAGCGCCGUAGAACCAGGAAGCGAAAACAUACAGUCCACUGUUCCCACUGUGGUGAGGAGGGCCACUCAAGAGAAACCUGUGACAAUGAGAAUGACAAAGACCAGGUUUUUGAGAAUCUGAUCAUCACUUUGCAGGAUCUUACACAUACAGAGGAGAGGGCAAGAGAGGCCCCUGGAGAACCCAUUAGCCUCUCUGAACCACAGUAAGAUGCUAUCCUCCGGCCUUAAAUUAACCCUUACCUGUAUUCAAAGUUCAAUGAUAGAAAAGUUGGGGGGGGGGAUGACACACUUCUAAUUGCAUGAAUAAAUAUGCAAAGUGGCUUUCUUUUGAAGUGGAGAAAGGUUCUUGAAUACCAGUACAGUAAAGAGAAAUGGCCUGGCCUUGUUCCCUUUCCCCACUGCCUAAGAGUCUAUUUUCAGUGUGAACCUAUCUCCUUGGUGGCUUUGUUUUCUAUGUGAAAGUGGUAUUGUUCAUUGUUCAAUCUUCAAGAAAGAAAAAAAGUACAAGUUACCCAGAACUCUCUACCUUGUGCAACAGUUGUCAGCCCUUUGGUGACUACCCUUCUAAAUAUUUCUCUAUACCCAUGUUCCUAGAUAGAAAUGUGUAUAGACAAGAGUGAUCAAAUAUAAGUGUUCUAUAUGCUGUAUUUUUUCACCAAAAUGUGUUGUGGCCUUCUUUGUCAAUAAAAAUAUACAAUAUGUCAGCAUCUA